UAACGUAUGACGCACUCGAAGCCCAAAUGCCGUCGAAAUGUGGGAAUUCGUUAGACUAUUCGGCCCGCUAACGUUAUCUCCGUGACAAAUCUUGCCAGAAUGUAAUUUUUAAAUGCAAAGCUGCCUCCCCAACAUUGCACUUUUUGUUUGGACAGAGCAAGAUGCAGUCGCUUCUGCAGUAUCGAAGGGCUGGUGCUGCGGCCCAAGCGCAGAUUGAUCGCGAUAUCGGCAAGGCGAGACAGCAUGCGGCACCGAUUGCUGGACACGAUGUUGAAGCUGGUCGAAAGUCGUUGAAUGAAAAGGAUGAGCCGAAUGCUGGACGGUUACCGCCGAUUACGGAGGCAGAUACUUAUGCUUCGAGCGAUGAGAUACCCGAGCAGUCGCUGCAGCAUACUGUGACGGCUCAAACCAUUAGACAAUGCAUGUCCGGGGGGAUAGCUCUGGGCCAGGUACUCACAGGAAUUGAGGUCCAGGAUCACAAGAACGACAAAGGCCACGAGGGGAAAGUUUUCGUGGUUAACUGGGAAGGCCCUGACGAUCCCCUUGAUCCUCACAACUGGUCUAUCGGAAGACGGAUUGGCGUGACUCUGCAGAUCUCCAUCAUUGCUCUUUUUGUCGGAGCAGCAUCCGGUAUUGACGCGACUGUUCUUCCGCAAGCUGCAGAGUCACUGGGAGUCAGCGAAGUUGCUGAAUCGCUCGCGACAGGCCUUUAUUUGGUUGGAAUGGGUCUCGGUUCACUUAUAGCAGGACCAUUCUCCGAGACCUUUGGCAGAAACGCCGUCUACAGCUUCUCCAUGGCAAUCUUCAUGAUCUGGAUAAUGGCCUCGGCACUUGCGCCCAACUUUGGCGCCCAGAUCACCUUCCGCUUCCUGGCUGGCUGCUCAGCCUCAACACCACUCGUUUGUUCCGGAGGUUCCAUAGCGGAUAUGUACAACAGUCUCGAAAAAACCUGGACCUUUCCUCUGUAUGCCGUCGCUGGCUUUGGCGGUCCAAUGUUGGGUGCUGUCAUGGGCGCUUACAUCGGACCAUCGAGCGCUGUGAGCUGGCGAUGGACUGAAUGGACCAUGCUCAUCGCAUCUGGACUUGUUCUUGUGCUCGUCUUGCUCUUUAUGCCCGAGACUUACGGUCCGCUUCUCUUGCAGUGGAAAGCUGUUCAUUAUCGAAGGAUCACGGGAGAUGAACGGUUCCGAUGCCAGCAUGAGAUUGCUGAUGCUAGUCUCUUCAGCAGACUGAAGGUCAGCAUGACAAGGCCCUUCCUGAUGCUGACGGAACCCAUCAUUAUCGCUAUGACAAUAUACAUCAGUGUUUUGUACAUCGUACUAUUCACUUUCCUUGUUGGUUGGCCAUAUAUCUUCGAGAAGACAUAUGGUCUCGAUCAGGGACUCGCCAACAUCGUCUUCAUCGCCAUGUUUCUUGGAACGCAGAUCAACUUCGCUUUCGUCCCUAUCGUCUAUCGCAAAACGCUCCGAGCAACCCAGAACCAGGGAGACGGCCAUUUCAAACCCGAGAUACGUCUCUGGUACGCCAUGCUCGGUGCAGCUGCCGCGAUCCCCAUUUCACUCUUUUGGCUCGGCUGGACAAAUUACUCUAGCAUCAGUAUCUGGUCCGCCAUCUUUGCUGUUGUUCUGUUCGGAUACGGAGUCACGGGCAUCUUUAUCUGCGUUUACAUGUACAUCAUCGAUUCUUACGAGAUAUACUCGGCGUCAGCGCUGACAUUCGUGUCUUUGACGCGUUAUAUGAUCGCUGGAGGAAUGACGGUAGUGGGCAUUCCGUUUUACGAAAACAUGGGCACCCAUUAUACGUUGACCAUCAUGGCAUGUUUCGCGGUGGUGUUGGCAGCGAUUCCUCACGUGCUGUACUUCUACGGACACAAAAUAAGGGCGAAGAGCAAAUACGCAUUUACGCACUAGAUAGAUAAACAAAAUCGAGGCUUCCAGAUAGAUCAGUAUUCACAGUUAGAACACCUCAGCCUAUUCCUCGGCCAAUUUCUGCAACAUGUCGUGCAGCUUCUCAGCCACGAACCCCGGAUUAUCAAGUUGAAUAAAAUGGCCCGCAUUCGGCACCUGAAUAGGUCCCUCACUUCUCUCGGAGCUCGUCAACUUCGCCAGGCCCUCAUUGUAAUGAUGCCAGUAAGCAUUCAUGUAAGCCUGUACCGCCUCCCCAGGAAUGUUGAAGUCUGUUCCUGUACGCUCUGCAAAGUAGUUGAAGUCAUGGCCCAGAACAGUGAUGUAAGGGUCUCUGCCAUUGACUUUGGGUAGAGCUGGGGAGUCUGAGUGACCAAGAAGUCGAGUAAGAUUCUUUCGGCUGAGACCUUCUCUAGAGCCAACACUUGGAUGAAAGCGCUUUGCGGUCUCCUCUCGGGCAACACGAAGAUUGUCUGCUGUGACGCCAGGCGGAAGAGUGGUGGGGUCGAAGUCCUCGGCGCCUGGGUCAGGGAAGACGGAGACAAAGUCCGUGUCUGUCAAGACGCUGUCGAGAAGGAUAGCUCCCGCUACGGUGCCUGGAUAUUCAGCGGCGUAGAGACGAGUCAGAGCACAUCCAAUGGAGUUUGCAACCAGUAAAAGCUUGGCGGCAUCUGGAUCAUCGAUGCCCAGCCUCUCUUUCAAGAUCUGUGUGAUGAGCUGUCGAAUAUCUCGAACUACGGCCAUACAGUCAUGAGCGUGAGUUGGAUCAGCAGCUCCCUCAUCGUUGGGAUCACGAUCAGUAGUCUGACCCUGUCCGAAGCGAUCAAAGCUCAACAAUGCCGGAAGGCCCUGAGGAGACAGUUCCUUGAGUUUGUUGAUCGUUGCGAUCCAGCCCGCCUGCGGUGCCCCGAGGCCAUUGACGAAGACAAUAAGGCUUGGGUUGGUAGGCCUCGUCGCGAUUGAAGCAGUGAAGCUGUAGGAGAGCUGCGCACUUGGCUUGGUUUCCAAGCGGAUGAAUUCAAACUUUGGAGUAGCCUGGUCUGUCAUGAUGAUAUUGGUGUUUGAGGCAAGAGGAGAAGGAGAAGGAGAAGAAGAACGAGAAGGAGUCGUAAGCUCGAAGUCAGUGUGUUGUAUUUAUUCCUCACCGUCAGCAUUGCUGACGUCAUCUGUGUGAUACUGAUGAGAUGCAGGAUUUUGAGAAGUAUCCGUGAGAUCAAACUUAGCCUGAAGUUGUAUUUCCACCCUCAAGUGUAUGGUCGUGAAAAUAUAUUG